GCGAUCUUGGAAGAUAGUGUGGUGAACGUGCACGCCGCAAGCAGGGACGGUUUGACUGUUUGUUAUGAACAGUACACGAGGGUAGAAAAAGGACAGCAAAGAAGAAGAAGGAAAAAGCAUAAAUGUGUCAUGGACAUCCGUGUCCCUGACAGUCUGCACUGAGGAAAUAACACACCAUGAAACCACAUACUCCUACAGCUUCCUGACUACAGUGUCUGCAGCCAGUCUUUAAUGUUGUUCCACUUUAUUUGUGAGAGACUUGGCGAACCUACUUGAUAUAUAGGAUUGUGAAGAAAUUGGCAGAGAAAACAACCACCGAGGCUACUGUAGGCUUGAUGAUGUCAGCUGCCACUAACACAUUUGAAAGUGUGAAAGCAGUUAUCUUAUCAGCACAUAAGAGCACUACAUCAAGGGACAAGGUCAACUUCUACAACUCCUGGGCAGAGAAUUAUGAUCAGGAUGUCACUGUUUUGGACUACCGUGCACCAAGUCUUGCAGCGAACAGCAUCUCCUCCCAUUUCAGUGGUUCCCGGGAAGCAGCUGUUGUGUUGGAUGUGGCCUGUGGUACAGGACUGGUGGCCAAACAGAUGAAGAGGCUUGGAUUCGGACAUUUUGUGGGUGUCGAUGGAAGCGAGGCUAUGCUGGACUUGGCCAGAGACAGCGGGUUGUACCAGGACCUAAAGCUGUCCAUGCUGGGAGAGGAGACACUUCCUGUCCAGUGGGCAGAUUCGUUUGAUGUGGUUGUAAUCGUUGGAGCUCUGAGUGCUGGUCAGGUCCCUGUCGCUGUGGUUAGAGAGCUGUGCAAAUCCACUAAACCAGGUGGCUACAUUUGCAUGACAACCAGAAGCAACCGUGACAACCUGGAAUACAAAGGCGCCCUGGAGCGUGAGCUGAAGCAGAUGGAGGAAGAGGGGCUUUGGAGUUGUGUAGAGGUCACUGAGGUGGAAGACUGGGAGAGGGCCGUGUCAGAGCAGGAGGACGGCUACAUAUCUGGUGCUGUGUACCUUUAUAAGAAGCUACAACUUUAGCACUGUGCCCGGCAGUGUAGAUGUGACUUCACACCAGCCAAGGUACAAAACAAAAAAUACAAAAUAUUCAGAAAACUCACAUUACUCCUCACAAAGAAAGUGUCAGGAUUUUUUCACAUUGUCAGUAUUUUAUAGACCCAAAGCUGAAGACGUGAAACUGCUUUCACAGAUUUAAAAUAAAUUGAAGACUUGAAAUUUUCAUGACCAAACAGUAUCCAUGUUGCAUGCAUAAGCAUGUUGCAGUAAAGUUAGUAUCUGGAAAAUGUGCUUGGUGUACUGCUCCUGAACCUCUUCAGAUUUCUAUCCUGCAGAUAUGCAGUAACGUCGUCCUAAUAGAAACUGAGAACUGUGUAAUAAAUGAACUGUAAAUUUAACUUAUGUCUGUUUACUGUGUCUGUAGUGCAUUAAUAUCUGCUGCAUGCGAAUCAAACAAACAGGCUAGUUAAUGAGUAUGAACAACAAUUAUGUACUUUGUACCUCAAAUUUAUUCCAGAGUGUUGAACGUAUUUUUGUUGAGAGAUCCACAAUGAGGGAGACAUGAAUGUAUGUUCCAUCAAUUUGUUGUUGAAAUGUUUUACAAAAUGUCGCCACCAAUGGACAAAUGUACCAAUCUUCAUGCUAGUCAGUCCACUAGAUGUUGUAAUAUUUCAGUCUGGACCAAAGUGGCUGACAGAUCAACAUUGGAUAAUGUAUGACACACAGAUCAUUUCCAAGGGCAGCCUGUAAUGUCAUUUGCAGGUAGUCUAGUUAUGAGACAUGAUUAGACUUUAUUGAUGGAAAUUUACAGCAGCACAGAAACAGGCUAAGAGGUAAGAUAAACAUAAAUAACUUUGAAUAGAAUAAAUAAAAAAUAAGGGAUGAAGGAAAUUGGAGAGAAGAUAUUCACAAACCAUAUACAAACUAAUAAAUUACAGCUAAUUCGGCCAUGAUGUAUGAACUAAUAUAUAUACAUAUAUGUGUGUGUGUAUUAUACAAGUAUAGGUUUAGAGGUGUAAGAAUAAAAAUACACAUAUAUUAUAUAUGUUGUACUAUAUAACAUUUAUUGACAGUAACACACAUCAUAUAGUGAUAAUACGAUGAACAUUAGUGGAGUGUAGAGUCUGAAGCUGUGGAGGCUGGAAGGGAUAAAGGAGAGGUAUACCUAAACAGUUUAGAGUUGCGAAACCUGUUGUAUGGUCAUGAGAUUAAAAUCUUACAACUCUGCCAACAAAAGGUCCCCAAGCUCAUCUGAAGAGCUGGUAUCGACUCUCUCCUUUAUUGGCUGCUCCUGCUCUGUGAGUAUAGCCUCACCUUCAACUGAUGAGAAAUUUUAAGUAUAUAAUAUUUCAAUCACAGGCCCUGAAGGUAAUUAGAGGUCUCAACAGGCAGAAACCAAAUUAUUUCAUUAGAAUACUUGAGACAAAUGUAAGAAGUUGUUAUUUUCCCUUGGGAAAUUGCCUCUGCUGCUUUUUGAUUUGUUAACUUGCUGGAUCAAUUAUUUCUGCUUUGCUUUUAUCUUUAUUAUGCUUUGUUUACAUGAAUGGUUUUAUGUAUUACUGUUUUUUUCCCCCUUUUGUUUGGUUGGUAUUAUAAUUUUGUUUGACA